AUGUCCCUCGGAGAUGACGUGGACCUGGAUGAGUUUAUCAACCAGAAAGACGAUCUCUCCGGUGCUGAUAUCCGUGCCAUCUGUACCGAGGCCGGUCUGAUGGCCUUGCGUGAGCGUCGUAUGAGAGUCCAGAUGGACGACUUCCGUGCUGCCCGUGAGCGUAUCAUGAAGACCAAGCAGGAUGGCGGCCCUGUGGAAGGAUUGUACCUGUAA